GUUUUAUGUGUCAUCGCCGCCUGUCAUUUGGACCACCAUUGUUCAACGCCAUUUAUCAGAGAACGAUGACAAUGAUGAUAUUCAAUAUAUCAUUCUACAGUUACACUAGAAAAAAAAAUCAAUGUGUUAUGCAAGAGAAUAGUCAACCGAAUCCAUUCGCGCUAAUCGGGAACGCACUUAUACUGCUUCCACAGAAGCUCAAAAGUUCAAAACGAACACUAUUCUUUAUAGAGUACGAAACAUUUUUUAAUACUGCAAGAAUAUGUGCCCUAGUUUGUAUAACCGACAACGUUACAAUUCCUAACUGAAUUACGCUCAUUCAAUUAUAACCGUUCCAGUGACAUAAUUAAAUUUACCAUCACUAAGGGAUAUGGAGGAAAAAGCGAUUCUGGAUAUUUCAGACUUGCGAUGCACCGAGACAGAUUCCCGGGACACAGUGUUGGACGGUAUUUUAGGAACCGGGCCUCAUUACGAUUACAACGAUGUGACGACCAGUCCAUCGGAUCGAUGUGCAGACGACAACGACCAGUCGUCCGGGUCUCUGAGCACGGAUCAAAAUUCGAAUAGCAACGUAAAAAGGAAGCAACGGAGAUACAGAACUACAUUCACAAAUUUCCAACUGGAAGAACUAGAAAACUCAUUUCAAAAAACACAUUACCCCGAUGUAUUUUUCCGUGAAGAAUUGGCUAUGAGAAUUGAUCUGACUGAAGCUAGAGUACAGGUAUGGUUCCAAAAUCGUAGAGCUAAAUGGCGAAAACAAGAAAAAACCUUGGUUUCUCAACAUCAAAACUCAAAUGAGCAAACUAUGAAUUCUUGUCUAACAGAAAAUCCAAUAUUUGGAAAUUCGUCUAGCUUACUUCCUCAACCAGAUUGGAACAAUCUAUGCUCUUAUAAUGCAUUUCAAUCAGCAGCGACGUUCGAUAAAGAUCUACAAGCAAUUGAUAUCGACAAUGAUUUGCUUCGGUUUAAAACAAGAGAUAUGCAAGAAAAUGAUAUGCUCAUGUCACCACCUUCAUAGAAAAUCGUUGAUAAUUUUUUAAGUAAAUUGUUAAUUAAAUAAACAAUAUCAUAAUGUUAAA